CCGAGCCGGGGCCGGGAGCGCCUCCGGCGGUCACGGCGGGGUAAUCCAGGCCCCCUCUGUCAUGUUUGCGGUUUGGAAAGAAAAGACUAUGCCUCCGCCUAGAAAAAAGCGAGAUCACCGCCUCCACCCCCACUCCAGACACACACCCCACACACCCCCGCCCCUGAGCUCCGUGAAGGCCCGGGAGGCGGUGGCUGCACAUCUAACGCAUGGGCACCGGGACAGCCGCGGGCCCCGCAAACUACGCCCAGGCUCUGCCCCCGCCGCUCAUUGGAGCGGGACCGAGCCAAAGCACCCAGACCCAGAGCUGCCCUUCUCUAGACUCGGAGCUGGGAGUAGGGCGCGGGGACCAGGGUGCGGGAAGAGAGUGGCCGGGAAAAUCAGGACCAGCGCUGGCAUGGGCCAAAGAGCGGUGCGAGUGUUGCUCCUUUUGGGCUUAUUGCACUGGGGCCCCGGCAGCGAGGGAAGGAAGACCUGGAGACGGCGCGGUCAGCAGCAGCAGCAGCAACAGCAGCAGCAGCAGCCGCCGCCUCCGUCUCAGUCCCAGCCCCAGCCCCAGCCCCAACCCCAGGCGCUUCCUGGCCGUGAGCUCGGCGAAGUGGCUGGGCAGCCAGUGGAGAGCUUCCCACUGGACUUCACGGCUGUGGAGGGCAACAUGGACAGCUUUAUGUCUCAGAUCAAGAGUCUGGCACAGUCCCUGUAUCCCUGUUCGGCUCAAAAGCUAGAUGAGGACUUGCGGCUUCACCUCCUGCUCAACACCUCCGUGACCUGUAAUGACGGCAGCCCCGCAGGUUACUACCUCAAGGAGUCUAAGGGCAGCCGGCGCUGGUUGCUCUUUUUGGAAGGUGGCUGGUAUUGCUUUAAUCAGGAGAAUUGUGAUUCUCGAUAUGACACCAUGAGACGACUUAUGAGCUCCAAAGACUGGCCUAGAACACGCACAGGUACUGGUAUCCUCUCAUCUCAACCAGAGGAGAAUCCACAUUGGUGGAAUGCCAACAUGGUCUUUAUCCCCUAUUGCUCCAGUGAUGUCUGGAGUGGAGCCUCAUCUAAGUCUGAAACCAAUGAGUAUGCUUUUAUGGGGGCCCUCAUUAUCCAGGAGGUGGUUCGAGAACUCCUGGGCAAAGGGUUGACCAGUGCCAAGGUAUUGCUCUUGGCUGGAAGCAGUGCUGGGGGCACUGGGGUUCUUCUGAAUGUGGACCGGGUUGCAGAGCAGUUAGAGGAGCUGGGCUAUUCAGCCAUCCAAGUUCGGGGCCUGGCUGACUCUGGUUGGUUCCUGGACAACAGGCAGUACCGCCGAACAGAUUGCAUUGACACCAUCACCUGUGCACCCACUGAAGCCAUUCGACGAGGGAUCAGGUACUGGAACGGGGUCGUCCCCGAGCGCUGCCGGCUACAGUUCAAGGAAGGCGAGGAGUGGAACUGCUUCUUCGGAUACAAAAUCUACCCUACCCUGCGCUGCCCUGUGUUCGUGGUACAAUGGCUGUUUGAUGAGGCCCAAUUGACUGUGGACAAUGUGCACCUGACUGGGCAACCUGUACAAGAAGGGCAAUGGCUCUAUAUUCAAAACCUUGGCCGGGAGCUUCGGAAUACAUUGAAGGAUGUGUCGGCUAGCUUUGCUCCUGCCUGCCUAUCCCAUGAGAUUAUCAUCCGAAACCACUGGACUGAUAUUCAAGUGAAGGGUACCUCACUGCCCCGGGCACUUCACUGCUGGGACCGGAGUCUUCACGAAAGCAACAAAAAUGGCAAGGCACCUCCCCUGAAAGGCUGUCCCAUCCACCUCAUUGACAAUUGUCCGUGGCCCCACUGUAAUCCAUCCUGCCCCACCAUCCGAGACCAGUUUACAGGACAAGAAAUGAACAUAAUCCAAUUCCUUAUGCAUAUGGGCUUCGAUGUACAGAAGAUGGCCCAGCAACAAGGGCUAGAGCCAAGCAAGCUGCUGGGAAUGCUUAGCAGUGGGAGCUAACUGAAAUCAGGAUGUGGAAAUGAUUCAUGGCCAGCACAGGAGGGGAUGACCCCUUGCAGACUCUUUGCCUCCCUCCUUUCUUCCACCUCAUCUCACACUACCAGGCUCACAUUCUUGCUCUAUUAUUAAUGUCCCUUGGACCUGUACACAUGUCCCACUGGGGCCAACAGAUCCCUAAACCACCUCUUUUCCCUCCACUGAGUCGAGACACUUGGAAAUCACAGAAUAGUCAGAGUUGGAAGGGUCCUCAGUGGACAAUCUAAUUGUGCCCCCCAAAAUAAUCCUCACCAUAACAUGCUCAAUAUGGAUCAUCUAGCCUACACUUAAGACCUCCAUUGCAGGUGGGAGGGGAGUCCAUUACUACCUGAGGCAUCCCAUUUCUCUUUUAGAAAGCUUCAUUGGGAAAUUUUUCCUGAUGUUAUCUAAAUUUAUCUCUUUACAACUUUCAACUCAUUGCUUCUGUUUCUGCCCUAUGGAGCCAAGCAGAACAAGUCUAAUCUCUCUUCCACAUGAUAGCCCUUCAAAUUCUUGAAGCUGUUAUGUGUCCCCCCCCCCCCAAACCCCACCCCAAAUCUUCACUUCCCUGGGUUAAUUAAACUAGUGCUCUCAUGACAUGGACUUCAGGCCCCUUACCCUCUUGGUUGUCCUCUUCUGGACAUUAUCAUUUAAUGAUUCAUUCUAGAGCUUCCCUAGGAGUCAAAGUCAUACUUGCUAAUCUAUAGUCUGCAGAUUGUUCCCUUCACACACACCCUUUUUUAAACUAUUUUUUAAAAUUUGCCCUUCCUUAGUCCUCUGAUAUCUCUCCCAUUUUCUGGGGGUUUUCAAAUACAGUUGUUCUGCCAUCACAUCUGGCACUUCCUUCAGAACCUGAGGAAUGAGCCCAUUUUGGUCCUGGGACUCCAAUUGAUCAUAGACAUCUAGCCAUACUCUUACUAUUUCCUUAUUCCUCUUGGGCAUCAACUCCCUGUUAGAAAUGUUUUACUCUGUUAUUUUCUGUUCAAAGUUCAUUCUCUUUGUGAGAGAAUGUAAAAGAAAAUUAGAAUUGUAAAGUCCUGACUUCUUUCAGUUUUCAAUUAUUAUUUUGUUUCAUCCAUCCCCAAGAAGCAAUCAUAGUUCUUAUUCAGUCUUUUUUCUAUUAUUUUUAAAAAUUAUCCUUUUUUGGUAAUCUGGAUAGUUUCAGACAUUCUGAGAACUCCUGACACAAUAUUUAUGGGACAAUGUCAUGUUCUUAUAUUCAUCCUUUAACCCUUGUCUUUGCUGCUAUCUUCUUUACAUGUCUUUUUGAAAUCUCAUCUGACUGGUGAGUUCACAGUUCAUCCACAUUGAUUUCUUUGGGCAUCUAUUUUUAUUCAUUAAAAUUGUUUUCCUUGGUAACUUUAGUCACCAAAAAAUUCUUGAGUUUCUCAUUCUUCCUGGGCAAAUUUCCCUAUAGAAUUUCAGUCCACAGAAUCCUCCAUAGUCUUUUCUCUGAGCCCUUUGAACUCUGUUUUCCAAAAAUCUAGAGUACAUGUGAGACUCUACCUGGAUUUCCAAUUUUUCUCUAUCAAAAAUUCUAGAAGUGAGUAGUUAUUUCCCCCAUAAUGUGCCACUCACCUCUCCUUCCUUCCCUGGCUGAAGUCUCUGGUCUCAACUCUUCCUCUCUCUGCUUCUGAUGCAAUCUAGCCAAAGACUGGCUGCCGAUCAAAUGAAGCAACAUCCUCAUGAUCCCCUCCUGACUCUGCCUCUGUCACCAACAUAGAUUCCUCUGUUAUACUUUCCUAUUCUUUCCUCCCAGAGCCUUUGGUCCAUGGGGCAAAGCCUAAAGCACUGGAUUCUUCAAUUCUGCCAGAAGCCCCAUUUCACUCUCUUUUCAUCCUUACCUCCAAGGCCUUUUCAUGCUCUUUUGUAUUAUUUUAUAAAGUGACUUUUUUAUUACUUUAAUUUUUUAAAAAAGGAAAUAAGCAAGAAUAUAAGAUGAAUGAUAUUGUUUUGUAACAUAUUUUUUUUAAAUAAUAAAAAACCAAAGAACCUCA